AUGGUGAGACAAGGCUUUGACAAUCUUGAUGUCAGCAUGUUAGUUAUAACCAGUUCUGGCGCGCGGGUGUCCGCGCUCUGCCUCGCCUGGUACGGGCUGAGCGCGGGCGGCAACGUGGUGAACAAGCUGCUGCUCGGCGGCUUCCCGCGGCCCGUCACCGUGUCGCUCUUCCACAUCCUGGGGCUGUGCGGGCUGCUGCCGCCGCUGCUGCGCGCCUGGCGCGUGCCGCCCGCCGGCCCGGCCCAGCUGCCGCCCCGCGCCUACCCGCGCUACAUCCUCCCGCUCGCCUUCGGCAAAUACUUCGCCUCCGUGUCCGCGCACGUCUCGCUCUGGCGGGUGCCGGUCUCCUACGCGCACACCGUGAAGGCGACGAUGCCGAUAUGGGUGGUUCUGCUGUCGAGGAYCAUCAUGAAGGAGAAGCAGACGACGAAGGUGUACUUGUCUCUGAUCCCCAUCAUAAGCGGCGUCCUGCUGGCCACAGUCACUGAACUCUCUUUUGACAUGUGGGGGCUCAUCAGCGCGCUUGCUGCCACGCUGUGUUUUUCACUUCAGAACAUCUUCUCAAAGAAGGUUUUAAGAGAUUCCCGAAUACAUCAUCUUCGGUUGCUGAACAUACUCGGCUGCCACGCUGUGUUCUUCAUGAUCCCAACGUGGGUUUUGGUUGAUCUUUCCUCCUUUCUAGUAGAGAAUGACUUGAGCACAAUGUCUCACUGGCCCUGGACCUUAAUGCUGCUUAUAAUCAGUGGAUUUUGUAAUUUUGCCCAGAAUGUCAUUGCCUUCAGUAUUCUUAAUCUGAUCAGCCCGUUAAGUUACUCUGUUGCAAACGCCACAAAAAGGAUCAUGGUGAUCACAGUUUCCCUUAUAAUGCUUCGAAAUCCUGUUACCAGCACCAAUGUCCUUGGAAUGAUGACAGCUAUUUUAGGGGUGUUCUUAUAUAACAAGACAAAAUAUGAUGCAAAUCAGGAGGCAAAGAAGCAGCUACUUCCAGUUACAACCGGAGACCUUGUGAAUUUGGACCGGCAUCGAAACACUCCUGAAAAGUCUCAGAACGGACUUACAGCAUUCGUACAACAUGGAGACUAUCAGUAUGGUCGAGCCAAUGUUUUAACAGACCAUUUCCAGUAUAAUCGGCAAAACUAUCCGACUGCCUACAACUUAAAUCGUUUUGAUAUAUAGAAUCCUGGCAAACAGGUAUAGACUGUGAUAUCGGAGUGUCCCCAGCAUUAUCAGAAACUUUUAGUACAUCCGUGAAUGUAAAGCCAUUUUAUUGUACAGGUUUUGCAGAAGGGAAGAUGCAUGUGCGGUGGAAGUGGUGCAGACCUUUGACUUCUGCUAAGCAGAUUUUGAAACAGGAAACACUUAGAUCUGGCACUGGAACUAAAUGCACAGUGUAGCUCUUGUAUGGAGGUUGUGGCAAAAUGCAGGUACAAAACAUCAAUGUAAAAUAUCUUCACUGCUCCUUUUUGGGGUCUGUCAACUGAUUAUUCUUUCGGCAGCUAAACUGUGGCCAGUACUUUGCUUCCACGCUAGCAACAUCACCUUUAAUUUGUUCUCUAAUAUGUAUUUUAAUGAUAUUUAGAUGAAAUUUUCAGAGAAGGUGAAACUCUGUGCACUCCUGGGUAUCAGGAGCUGCCAGUUGGAGGAGAAAUGACUUAUGUGCAUCAGUUGCAGGCAGGUAGACUUGGUUCAUCUUGGGCAAAUAUGAAAAUUCAUGUGGGUAUUAAUUACUUCUGUGCCUAUGCCUUCAGAUUUUGGUCACAAACCAUCUGUUUCUGAAAGGGUAGACAGUAGGAAAAUCGAUCCAUUCAAUAAUAUUUUUUUCAGGCAUGGAGAACCCUUUUUUUUCUAAAAUCACUGUUGCCCCAGUUGCUGUAGAUAAACAAAACAGAGCUUAAGAUCAUUAUUGUUCUGAAUAAUGUAGUCCUGUAACUUCGGACAUUGCUCUUCCCUGGCAGUACAGAAAACACCUUGACAAAUAAAGUGUUUGGAACAAUAUGAUUUUUUUUUUUAAUUGCUUCACACUUCUUACAAAUGUCUUGUGUUGGCUUAAAAAUUCAAAGUUUGAAGGUGUUUUCUUCUCAAUUUUGUGUUCAAAUUAUGUUCAUUUAUUUCAUUCGUAUUUUAUGAAUGCAUGGAUUUGAAUAAUCAUCUUAAUUGUUUAUUAAGUCUAUCUUUUUAACCUCUGAUUGUUUUUAUAACCCUCAAUCAGCGCUGUUGGAGCUGCUAUGUGCAUUUGGCCUGACUCCUACUUUCAGCUAAAGGAAAUUAAAUUUUAUAUCCCUUUUUUCUUACUGCCACUCCCCUAGACUGAAGAGUAAAUUAUUAAGAGAAAAUAUUAUGAAUCAGCAGUAAAUAUAUAAUUAAUGGCUAAUGAGUCCUGAUUCAGUUAGCAUAAAUGAAGGUACUUAACUUAAGACAGGUUAACGGUUGUGUGUCACUUGUGCAUGAAUGGAAUGAAACCAUUUGAACUUCGCUUUUGCUGAACCGUAUUAUUAUUAUUACUCCUUUAGCAAAGAAGAUUCUAGGGACCUUCUUUCCAUAACAGAAAAGCUAUUGUAUAGUAGGAUUUUGAUAGCAUAAGUAUUACAUUUUUACUGGAGAGUUAUUAGAUACUGGAGACAAAAUUUAGGACGUGGUGCUGUACAAAACACUCCCUCUACAUAUGUAAUGCUUUAAAAAAUGACUGUUUCCAUGAAGUGAAAUGAUGACUUGACUCUUUUCUGCAUACUAAAGAAUUUAUUUUUAAGCGCAAAGUCAACCUGAUCUCAUUCUUUUGGUUGUCUGUGGAGGUAGUAAUGUAGACUGCCUUCCACAAUACACUCCAAAGGAGGAAACAGUCUUUCUGAAACUUUAGAAAUGAUUUAAAAAUGCUGCUAAUGUUUGUCAGUGGAACUUGCUUGACUUUGUUGAGGUUGAAACUGUUCAUACUGGCAUAGAACUUGGGCUUUUAGUUAAGAAGAUCUGAAAAUGAUUCCCAACCCUGAUUAACAGGAUUGUGAGGAAAAGCAUUUGUUCAUAUGAAAUUACUUUUGCUUAUCCCUGUAUUAAUUUAUAUUUUUCUUUUAAUGUGGAAAAGUGCAAAAUUUAUAUUUCUAAAGCUAGCUUCCCAAUAUUUAAGUGCUGUUGCAUAAGUGUAAGAAGUAUCUUGGGGACACUGGAUUAGAUCUAGGUUCUGGCUCURCAAAGGCUCUUGAGUUUAGGAUGAGACAUUUAGGCUGAUGUUUUUAAGAGCUUGUGAAAUAAGRUGUCCAAGUGCUUUUAGGGGGAGCUAGCUGUAAGCUGUUACACUCCUGCAAAGGCUUCAUGCUGCAGUUUCCAUUCGGGAAAUGGGAGGUGAUUCUCCCCUACCUUAAAGGGUGUGAGAAAUACCAGUAAAAGCAGCAGCAGCRGGGCCCAGGGAUGGACAGGAGACCUCUGCCUUACUCUGAGCAUCUUCUGGUCUGUGUACCACUGUUCAAUCAGUGCACACAACCUGAGCUAUCCCUUUGGCCCCACAUCCCCUUUGGCCUUSUAGCCUCAGCAUAUUUCCAAACCCAAGCUGUUGUCUGUAGCACAGAGUAAAAGGAGGCAGGCACAAAAUAGGAGAUCCCAUUUCGACCCCAGAGAGUGAGGUCUGACCUUCACCCCCAGCUUAGCCCAACAGCAUUCGUGCUCUCCUAGGUCAGGUCUGUGAUCAAAGAGGAUAAUUUUGUACAAUAGAGUAGAUAAUUAUGAGCCACGUUGGGUGGUUUUGCUAAGUACCCRAAUUAAAGUCCUUGAGCAAUAUUGCCCACAUUCAGGUAAAGAAAGUUUCUGAUAUUCUUGUAAUAUAUAUUGAUCUUGGAGAGCUGCAAGAUCUUGUUUGGCAAAGUGUAACAUUUGUUUUAACAUGGUUUGUAAAUUAAGGACGUAUUUAACUAUGUACAUAGGUCUGUAGAAAGUAUGGAAACACUGGAAUAAAAAGGGCAUAUCUAGACAAUCAUGUAUAAUGACCCUGUUAUUAAAUGAAAGCAAAGGGGUUGGUUUGGUUAUUUCUUGCAGGGUGUUUGAGGAGUGUUGUACGUUAGGA